AUGAGUCAGAUACCAGUAAAGGAGCUACGUGGAGCGACUGCCCGAAGCCAAGACCCGUCUCCCUGUACGACCUGCGGAAGACGCUUUGCACAAGAUGUUCUCAUGAGACAUGAUCCAAUAUGCAAGAAAGUCUUCAGCAAGAGGCGCAAGCCCUUCAGCUCUUUGAAACGGAGACUGCAGGGAACAGAAAUCACCACUGUGAAGAAGCAGCCCCCGCAAAAGAAUCAGGCAGGGAAGAAAUCUAACUGGAGGCAGCACCAUGAGGAUUUUAUUAACGCUGUUCAAUCAGCCAAGCAGGUCAUAGCUCUGAAGGAGGGCCACCCUCUUCCGCCUCCUCCCCCACCAAGCAUCAAUCCAGACUACAUCCAGUGUUCGCGCUGCUCACGAAGGUUUAACGAGGCUGCAUCAGAGAGGCACGUGAAGGUUUGUGAAGAACAAGCUGCGCGCCGUGCCUUCGCUGCAAAGGCCACUGGGUGAGCUUGGGGCAAGCAACCAGGGACUCAGAGAAACCCCCCAACCUUAACUACUGCUGUGUUACCGCUUCAGAAGAGAGUACAGGAAGGUGCCAAAGCAGACAGACCUCAGCCAGAGACCUCUCCAGGAAUGCUGCGGAAAACCAGAAAAUCUUUGGGUGUAUCUACUGGAAAAUCUUCAGGCGAAUUUGG